AUGAUGCAAGGAAUGGAGAUGGAGUUUUUGGAGUGGGGGUUCCAAGAAGAUCCCUCAAAGCUAGGAUUUUAUCCGCCCACUUGGCAAACAUUCCUGCAGACAGCCAAGUUAGAGAUGCAGUUGCAGGCUGUUCUAGCUACUCCAGUUCUGGAAUCCCAGGAAGCCCUGAACCUUGCAAGAGAAGUCUUGGACACUGUGCUAUGGACAUACCAUGAGAAGAAGAUUAAACUCAAGAGAGAACUCAAGAAAAUUGUCAUCUCUAUUGCCAAAAGGGCAUACAAUAUCUUCCUGCAGGGCUCCACAAUGCUCCUCAAGAGUGGUGACUACCUCCAGCUCCCUGACUUGUCUGGUGGAAAUUUCAAGAACUUCAUGGCACAGGCUCUCAAGGACGCUUGUCUCAAAUUCUACUACAGCAACAGUAAGAAAGCAUCAAAGAACAUGGACAAAUUCCACCAAACAAUCCCCAUUAAUGCAAUGCUUCUUGUAGCAGCAGUGUUGAAGGGCAUUAUCUCUGGCUUUCAUGAGACUGGCACCGACAAGGUUCCUGAAUUAACCACUGAGCAAUGUAGGGCCCACUUUGUCAACUUACGGAAAUCGAUUGACACCCUACUUGAUGUUCUGGAGCAUCACAAAGAGCUUGAAGACAUGUUGGAGCAAUGGGCUAGGAUUGGCAUGGGGGACUUCAAUGAGUAUGCAGAUGCAAGUGCGAGUGAUGUGGAGGAUGUUAAUAUCAUACUUUAG